AUGGCCAGUCGAUGCGCAUUCUGUGAAAAACAUUUUGUAAAUGGUGAUAAAAAAUCGAAAUAUAACGAUCUUGAAUAUCAUCAAAAAUGCUUUCAGUGUUCAACAUGCCAUAAACAAAUAACACAAUCAUUCUAUAAUUUGGGCAACAAUGAAUAUCGUUGUUCGGAUUGUCAAACCAAAUCAAGCGAUGUUGUCACUUGUACUCAAUGUUCACAACCAAUUACUGAAGAAUCUUAUAUUGAAUACAAAGAUGAACCAAUUCAUGCUGAUUGUUUCACAUGUCAUUCGUGUUCGGAACCAUUAGGUACUAUGCUUUAUGUCGAACAUGAAAAUCAGCCAUAUUGUAUAUCAUGUCAUAUGAGUCAAUUUGCUCAAUCUUGUGCUGUUUGUGGCCGUGCAUUUCCACCAGGUAUAUCCACACGACGAUAUGAGAAUCAAUAUUUUCAUAUUGAAUGUUUUCGUUGUUUUAAUUGCGGAAAAAUUAUAUUAUCAAAAAAUUAUACAGUUAAUUCAGAACAACAACGUCUUUGUGACCAGUGUAGCUAA